CGUGCGCGCUCCGGCAUGAAGCGCAAAGCGGGGCGCCGUCCGCCCGGCGGGCACGGGCGUGCUGGGAAGGGGCCUAUGAAACGGCUCAAGCUGGCGGUGGAGGAGUUUGUACAGACGACCUCUGAGCGUGAGGCCCCCGCGGGCGUCAAGGGAACGCCCCCGGGGUCCCGGGCCGAGGGUCGCGGCGCACCGUCCGGCUUCCGCGCGGGCGGGAAGAAACGCCGCAAGGAGCUGAAAAAGGAGAAGCGACACCUGCGGAAAGCCCGUCGAUCUCAAUGGACGGCAGGCUCGGCCCAGGGUCCCGGCCCGGGGGGCCGCGGCGGGGCCCAGGAACCCCCUAACCCGCGGUUGGAAAAGAACAAGAAAAGCGUUCCCUCGACCGUCCAUCGAGACCCUCCUCCUCCCGAGAAGCCGCGACCUCCCCAAACCAAAGCCAGGGCCCCCCAGGCCCAAGCCUGUCAGAAGGGUUCCCCGGUGAGUUUGAGGUUGAGCCCAGUNNNNGCCGCCGCCGCCCGGAAACGGGCGCUGCUAGCGGCCAACGAGGAAGAGGACCGCGAGAUCCGGAAGCUGGAGCGUUGCCUGGGCCUGAACAAGCGUAAGAAGAAGGGCGACGGUAGUGCCGUGCCGCUCAGCUUUGCCCGCGACGGGCUCGACUAUAUUCUGGGAGCCCUGGGAUCUGCGGGGAAUGGUGGCUUAUAUGAGAGCAGUAGUGAGGAGGAGGAGGAGGAGGAUGCUGGACAGACACUGCCCGAGAGUGACUUAGAGAGUGACGCGGAGGAAGCAAGUGAAGAGGGCGAAGCUGAAGACGGCGAAGAGGAAGAGGGCGGGCAGAGCGAGGAGAGUGAAGAGGAGGAAGACCCCGCAGACCGGAGGACGCGGGCGAAAGGAGGGAAGAGAGUCCGUUUUGCGGACGAUGAAGCGAGUGCUAGUUCUUCCGAGGAUGGUGGCGAGACCGAGCAGAGCCUUUGUGACAGUGCUAAGAAGUAUAUUCCACCUCAUGUGAGACUCACUGAGGACGCUGUGGAUACCCAAAAACAGGAGGAACUAGAAAGGCUAAAGAAACAAGUGAAAGGCCUAAUUAACAGGUUGAGUGAACCAAACAUGGCUUCUAUCAGUGGACAGCUGGAGGAACUGUAUAUGGCUAACAGCAGGAAGGACAUGAACGACACUUUGACAGGCAUUCUCAUGAGUGCGUGUGUCACCGACACAGUCAUGCCCGCCAGGCUGAUGAUGGAGCACGUUCUUUUAGUUAGCAUUCUUCACCACACAGUAGGAAUUGAGGUUGGUGCUCACUUUUUGGAGGUUGUGGUGAAGAAGUUUGAGGACGUGUAUAAAAAUGGACAUGGAGGGAAGGAAUGUGAUAACCUUUUUUCCAUUCUUGCCCAUUUAUAUAACUUCCAUGUGGUACAGUCUCUUCUCAUCUUUGAUAUUUUGAAAAAACUUGUUACAACUUUCACAGAAAAAGAUAUUGAGUUGAUCCUGUUAAUGCUGAAAAGCGUGGGCUUUUCACUGAGGAAAGAUGAUGCUUCAUCACUUAAGGAGCUGAUCACGGAAGCUCAGAAGAAAGCCAGUGAAGCCGGCAACAGAUUUCAGGACCAGACCAGGAUUCGGUUCAUGUUAGAGACCAUGUUGGCACUGAGGAAUAACGACAUGCGUAAAAUUCCAGGUUAUGAUCCUGAGCCUGUGGAGAAACUGAGGAAAUUACAAAGAGCUUUGGUGCGCAACAUUGGCUCGAGUACAGAAACACGGCUUCGCAUCUCCUGGGAGAGUGUCCUGAAUGCAGAGCAAGUUGGCCGCUGGUGGAUCAUCGGGUCAUCGUGGAGUGGAGCCCCAAUGAUUGACGGCCCCGAGAGUAGGGUCCAGCAGAAGCCACUCACAGGGACGGUUAGUUCAAAGAUACUGGACCUUGCCCGUAAGCAACGAAUGAACACUGACAUUCGAAGAAACAUAUUCUGUACCAUAAUGACAAGUGAAGACUUUUUAGAUGCAUUUGAAAAGCUUCUAAAGCUUGGACUUAAGGAUCAUCAGGAAAGAGAGAUAGUUCAUGUUCUCUUGGAUUGCUGCCUUCAAGAGAAAAUGUAUAAUCCUUUUUAUGCAUUCUUGGCUAGCAAGCUUUGUGACUAUGAAAGGAGAUUUCAGAUGACUUUCCAAUUCAGUCUAUGGGACAAAUUCCGGGAGUUAGAAAAUUUGCCAGCUACUAAUUUUUCUAAUUUGCUUCAUCUUGUGGCCAACUUGUUGAAAAUGAAAUCACUUCCACUCUCCAUUUUAAAGGUCAUUGAAUUCAGUGAAUUGGACAAACCCAGAGUCCAUUUUUUGCGGAAAGUGUUAUAUAUGCUCUUAAUGGACACAGAGGUUGAAGAUCUUAGUUUAAUUUUUACAAGAGUGUCCGACAACCCGAAGCUUGGGAUGUUACGGGAAGGACUGAAGCUUUUUAUCAGCCACUUCUUACUGAAGAACGUACAGGCCCGCAAGAGUGCUGAGGACACCACCCUCCUCAGAGAGAGAGCUGACCUUGCAGUGCAGUCUUUGCAAGGAAGGUCUGCCCUGAGAAUGUAGUCUGGGAUGCGUGGAAGGUGAAGGCCACGGGACUGCUCAGCGGCCUAGCGGCCUGCUUUCCAAAGUUGAUGACAAUUUUUUAUUCAAAGUUACCCUGUAUUUGUGCUCCAAAUCAUUUUCAAACAACUGGAGAGAAAGAAAGUUGAGGGAACAAAUAGUUACGCUGUCCGCUGCUAAGUGAACAAUCGAGUUACUACGAAAGAAAAGCCUGGCCAUGUGCUGCAACAGCCAGCCAUUGGUAUCCCUGCACAGUUCCUUCUACUCUGACCCAGAUGAGGUUGCCGCCGUGAGUCCGAAUCAACGAAUCAAUGCAGGUGUGUGUGUGUGUGUGUGAGAGAGAGAGAGAGAGAUUAUUCAGACAAGCUACCAAAAGUAUCUAAUUAUUUGGAAUGCAUUUCAAUUAUUGAAAAAUAUGAUUGUCUUGAGUCUUACAGAUAACCAUCUUAUGUAUAAUAUAAUGUAAUUAUUUUUAUCUUCUAAAAUUUUUACACAGUAAAGAAUACUCUUUGCUAUUUUUAUAUCAAAGCUCUGGUGGCGUAUAGUGGUUAAGAGUCGGGCUGCUAACCACAUGGCUAGUAGUUCAAAACCACCAGCUGCCGUUUGUGAGAAAGACGAGGCUUUCUA